UGAAUCCAAUCUAAUUCCAGAUGCAUCAGAUGAAAAAGGGUCUCUACCUUGCUGCAAGACGACGAACUGAACACGUGGAGAGCGGAGUCCGAAUCCCAAUCGCCACCGCUUUGGUCGGAGCUGCAGAAAUCCUGUGAUCAAAAGGCUCACCUACCUCGAAUCCUUCGGCGCCAUGCGCGUCAUCAACCCACCCACCGAUCGAGAGAGGCGAGGCGACACUGGCUCCUCUAUAUCAAUCGAUCGAUCGAUGCAUCGGCUUCAUCGCGAGCGGAAGAAAGAACGGGAGGAGAUUGGAGCGAGGGAGGGAGGGAUCGAAUAAUGUCGCUUGCCGACGCGCCUUCAUCGAUGGUGUCCAUCGUGUCGUCGGUGAGGGACAGCGGGCGCACGGUGGCGGGCGUGCCGCCGGUGCUCGUCGGGGCGUCCGUCUCGUCGGCGCCGGAGCUGCGGGGGCGGGCGUACCUGGUGCACCACGUCUUCUACGAGGACGGGAGCGCCAGCGGCGGCGGCGUGGCCCCGGCGUCCAGGGCGUCGGUCGCGGCGCUCAGGGAGGUGUUGGAGGAGGCGGCGGAGGCGUCCGAGUGCGCGAUCUGCCUCGACGGGGACGGGGAGCCGAGGAGGGAGGCGCGCGGGAGGAAGGAGAUGCCGUGCGGGCACCGGUUCCACGGGGAGUGCGUGGAGCGGUGGCUGGGGAUCCACGGGAGCUGCCCGCUGUGCCGGCGCGAGAUGCCGGCGGAGGAGGUGGUGGUGGCGAUGGUGCAUGGGGAGAGGGUGGUGAUGCGAGGGAGGCGCGUCGUGCUCAGCGUGCUCGUCAUUGGCCGGCCGGCCGACGACGACGCCGGAGAGGAAACUCCUCUUCCUCCGAGGAGUGUGCUCAUAGAUGAUCUGGAUUAAAUAAUGUUUAGUGCGCCAUCAACUCAAAUGUAAAAGAAAAAAAAUGUAAAUAUGUAGUAAUGCUUUAGUUUUUGUAAAUAUAAAUGCUAGAGUUUGAGCAGCCGCGUUCUAUUAGAAACCGGCGCUUAUU